AUGUCGUUGGAUACUGCUGAGCAAACAAGGACUUUCGAGGUGAAGGGAGAGAAUAUCGAGCAUGACGGAAUAUACAGUAACAGAGAAGUCGCCGACGCUUGGGAGAAAUGCGCAAAGAGUCUGGCGGAACACGAUGAACACUCUAUCAAAGCUUGGAAAGAGGAAAUUGAUACGUUACUUGUAUUUGCCGGCCUGUACUCUGCGGUGCUCACUGCAUUCAAUGUCACGUCGUAUACAUGGCUGCAACCCAGCCCACCUCCUGAUGCUACUGUUCAGCUACUCUCGCAGAUAUCUCUCCAGCUGGACAGCUUCUCCGUCAAUGCUAUGAACGUGAACUCCACCCAGGCUCCCUUAUCCGCGGUCGCCGUUGCCAGUCUCCAGGCCCAACCGGUAUCAUCGUCCUCUAUUCGUAUCAAUGCACUAUGGUUCUCUAGCCUGAUAUGCACUCUUUGUGCUGCGUCUAUUAGCAUCCUGAUCAAACAAUGGCUCCGUGAAUAUACCAAUGGACUUGUGAGCAUCUCCAGGCAAACCGCGCGGACUAGGCAGUUGCGAGAUGACGGUUUAUCAAAAUGGCAUGUUGGCAGGAUUAUCAUGGUGCUGCCUGUGCUCUUGCAAGGAGCCCUGAUUCUAUUCUUGGCCGGUUUGUUGGAGCUUCUGUGGACAUUGCAUAGCACGGUCGCCAUCAUUGCUACAUUCUUUGUAGCUAUGCUGGGUAUCUUCCAUUUGGUGACCACCAUCCUUCCUACUGUCGCAGCCGACUGUUCCUACCAGUCGCCACAAGCACUUGCCGUCUUCGUUGUUGUCCAGUUCGGGAGAGAUCUGGUUCUGAAGUGGUUUAAUUCCUACUCUUCCAUGCAAUUCAAAAAUCCGUGGCGCAAUCUCUACAUUGAUGUUCGCCUGGCGAGUGGGGAACAACGUUCCUACAAUUGGAGAGACAGAGAGAGGGACAUUGUGGAUCUUCAGAGCCAGGGUCUCGAUGGACGCAUGCUUAUUUCGGCAGACCGUACCUUCAAUGACGACUCCUUCCUUCAGGACGUCAUCAGGCCUUGCCUUGGAAGUAUUGAGGUGGAAGCGGCGGGCCCUACCUUGUCCCAUAUUAUCAAUUAUUGGCCUUGGCGAAAACUGAGUAGGGGAUGCUGGAUGAAAUGUCCAAAGCGCAUGCGGGGGGUGUCUAGGCUGGUACUUGACUUCAUGGUGAGGAAGGAAGACGAAGGCAGAUACGAGGAACAAGGACGUGAUUCGGAGGCCACAAGAAGUGCAGAGGCACGCACGAAAAUGGGUGAUGCGUUACAUCGCCUCUUCUAUUCUCCUCGGAAAGGAAAGGGGGACUUCAUUGAACCGUGUUUGGAGUUCCUGCACGGAUGCGCUCCUAGCUGCAUACUUGACUCACCCUUGCGUCAAAGAUUCUAUGACAACCUUGUGGCACUUUUUACGCAUGCAAGAACUGAGAUUUGCCAACUUGCGUGGUCAAUGGCUUCUGACAUACAUCGGUGGCGUGUAGCAACACCUACGGUCAGUAAUAAUGCUCUGCGAACCAUGUUGGCAUAUAUUCAGACGACUGACAUUCAAUGUGAUGACGAGAAAUUCGCCAGUGCCAUGAUUCAAUUGCUGAUGUGCAUUAAUUGCGGACACAUCUCCAAGACAGAUAUGGAAUUUUUACAAGUCAAGGUGCUGGAGAUGCUGGUUGAUCUCUUCCGGCGCUGGCAAUCAAGCCCUGUUCAGUCUCCCAUGCCGUAUGGACUCCUCACUAUUGGCUCAUUGUUCACUCAGCUGCUCAGACAAAAUUCCGGAUUCAGGGAUGCCGGUCUGAUAGACGCACUGACCAGGAUAUGCUCCACGUAUAAGACAGCGAAUCUCCUCUCAUACGAGUAUAUUCCAUCGGAGAGGGAUCAACUGGAUGAUCUCUUGAGCGAUCUGACCUCGUUCAGAACGUCUAAUGCAGGUCCGGAGCAGUCGCCAGGUUCUCAGCCAUCAGAGCCCCGUGCUCGACACACCACAAGACCGACGGCGGCUGGCGUGAUGUCGCUUACCAUGGAUAUCAUGAUUUAG